AUGUCUACAUCCUCACAGCAUACGACCGACUUGCCAGCAGGCCCUGAAGAAUUGAAGACUCUAUCCGAUGAGCAGUUCAUAGAGGCUUUAAAAAAGUACCAUGUUGACAACAUUCACGCACCAAGAAUCGUCAAGGAUAUAUUGCAACGAAUGUAUUCAUUGUUGAAGAGUAGCAAAGAGCGCGAAGCAGUGAAAUCAAAGGAAGCCAGUGAAAAGAUAUUGUCCGUCUACGAUCAUUAUUCAAUUCUCGAGGAGAUGUACAAGACUGAGCACAAUGCUGUUAUCAAACUUACAGAUGAGAAAGCAGAAAUGAAAGCAGAAUUUGAAAGAUUAUCGAGUGAAGCAGGACAACAAUUGAAUGAGGUCAAGAAGCAAUUGGAAACGCAACGAGAGGAGGCGAACAAGCAAGCGACAAAGCAAGCGUUGGGCAGAAAGAGACUGGAAGACAUUUUGGUGGCCAAGAACAUUGAAAUUGACUCUAUUAGGAAAAAAUUGCAAGAAAUAGAGGCUCAAAAUGCAAAACUUCAGACAGAAAUUCACGCAAACAAAACGCUGAUGAGCUACCACAUUGCAGCAGUACAACCCAACCAGCAUAAUGCCGACGUCCAGCAACCUUUGCUGCGACAGCAAAACCAGCGUCCACAAUAA